AUGACGUCUCAAAUAUUUAAGGAUCUUUAGCCCGAUUAAGAAAUUAGUUGCUUGAUAGGUGAUGUGGGAGGAACAAAUGUUCGUCUCCAACUCGUCAAGAUCUCUCUCAAGUUGACAUAUCAAAAAGCUCCUUAACUUAAACCAUAUACAACCUAUAACACAGAUUUGUAUCCUCAAUUCCAAGACUACAUUGUUGAAUACUUGAAGGAUGUAUAAAAGGAUAAUCUUCCUUAAUUUGCCAUUAUAGGCAUUGCUGGGCCAAUCAAAAAUAAUUCCACUUUGAUGGCUAACACUAAAUGGUCUUAAGUAGAUGGAAAUGCCAUUGGACAAGCACUCAACAUUAAACCAUUUCUCUUAAUUAAUGACUUCUAGGCAGUGGCAUAUGGAAUUUUGGGACUUUAGCAAACAGACUUGAUCCAAUUGAAUCCAAAAAAUCCAAAUCCAAAAGAAAAUUCAGUCAAAACUGUAAUUGGUCCUGGAACUGGAUUGGGUGUAGCAAGAUUAAUUCCAUCUUUGAAAGAGAAUCAUGCAUGGGAAUACAAUAUUUGGCCUUGUGAAGGAGGACACGUAGGAUAUUCCCCAUCCAACGAUUUAGAAAUAGAAUAUCUUUAAUAUUUGAGAAAGAGAUUAGGUUUGGGUUAGAUAGUUGCAGAAAAAGCAAUGGCCGGUUAAGCUGUUCCAUUUAUCUAUACCUUUUUAAAGGGAAGACUUGGAUUGGAGUCUUAAAUUGAAAAGGAUCUUGAUUAAGCCUUAUUUGAAGAUAAGAAUGAUUUCAAAUAAUUCCCAUCGACAUAAGUAUUUUAAUAUGGUGUUGAGAAGAAAGAUGAAUUAUGCUAAAAAGUUGUGGAUUUCUUCUUAACUAGUUAUGGAACAGUUAUCGGAGAUCUAGUUUGCAAUACUAUGCCUUAUGGAGGUAUUUAUUUGUUUGGCAAUAUCUCUAUUGGAGUUGCCAAUUACAUCAUCAAUAAUCCAUAAGUCAAUUUUUUAUAAGACUACGUUAAAUAUAGACCUCAUUUAGCUGAGAUUUUCGAUUAGAUACCUAUUUAUGUGAUCAAAUAGGCUUCCUUAGGAUUAGAAGGUGCUUAUUAGGCAGCAUAUAGAUUGUUAGAGUAUAAUGACUAUGAAAAAGAAAUUUGA